AUGCCGCCUACGAAGUCUACUACAUCAGCCCGCCGCCGUCAGAGGACGGUUGCAUGUCAAACGUGUCGCCAACGCAAAGUACGGUGCAGCUUGAGUGUCACCGGGGUGCCGUGUAUCGGCUGCACACAGGACCGUACCCCAUGUAUAGUCCCAACCAGGCGAGGACAGAAACCUGAGCGACACGGUGGGCCGGUUCUCUUUGCAAGCCCUCAGAGUCCGAGUCAGCCGCUUCCACAGACCCCAGCAUGUAGAGUGGAACUCCCAGCGUUCCAAGUUCAGCCACAGCAACAUGAGCCUCUAAGCGCAGAUGCCAGCGCAGCUCGCGAGGUGCAUGAUAUCGAAGACGAAGAGCGAAACGGUGAUGAAAUUGCAGCGGCCGCUUUAGGGCAACCGCGAAGAGUGGGCGAAGUGCCCUUCUACACAGGAGACCGAACUGGGCCUGUAUCUACUCUGGAUAUCUGCUCGCCGGAUCACUCAUUGUCCAGACACUGUCUAAUCCCAUCGAAUAGCCAAACUACCCUGUCAGACGAUGAUCGGGACUACCUCCAAAAGAAAGGGGUCUUCACCCUACCUAAGCCCAACACUUGUGAGAGCCUCCUUCGUGCAUACUUCUAUCAUGUACAUCCAAUCAUGCCAGUGAUCGAAGUGGACUCCAUUUUGAACUAUCAACAUCAAGGCCGGCUUGGUGACUGUAAUAUUCUACUCCUGUGGAGUGUAUUUUUCGUUGCAGUCAAUUUCGUGCCACCGCAUAUUUAUGAGCAAGAGGGUUAUAUCUCUCGGAAGGAAAUGAAAGCCACGAUGUACUCACGUGCGAAGUGCAUGUAUGAUAACGGCGGGGAGAGAAACAAGGUCUCACUUCUGCAAGCCUCCCUGCUGUUGGGAUUUUGGCACUCGGAGCAGGACGAACACACGCAACCUUGGUACUGGACAGGAAUUGCGAUUAAUCUUUGCCAGAUGCUGGGUUUACAUCGGGAUCCAGAUUUCUUGCGGUAUAACUCAUCUAUCACCGAUCGUCAGAGACGUUUGUGGCGCCGUCUGUGGUGGACCUGCUUCUUCCGGGAUCGCUGGCUUGGUCUUACUCUUGGAAGGCCACUGAGGAUCAAUCUGGACGACUGUGACCUGCCGAUGUGCGUACCGGCCGACCUACUCAGUGAGCUUGAUAGCAUACCUGAAGCUGUUUCUGUGUCGUAUAUUCCCCAGGAGUUUCAGAAACUAGUAGAGUUCUGGAUGAUUUUAAUUGAACUGAGCCAGCUCUUGGGCAAGGUUCUGGUGCUGAAAAGUAAAUCCGUGAAGUCAAAGUCCUCUAUCAAUCAGAUCAAUGCCCUUGAAGCACAGAUUACGCGAUGCAGAUUGCCAGAUCAAGAUGAACAUGGCCUGGCUCCUUUGGCAAAGUUUUACGCACAUCAUGUUCAUCUGCAUUACCAGGCACUUUUGAUCACACUCUACCGUCCCUGCGUCAUCGAACAUUCAGAGAGUCUCGCUGCAAGCCAACAAGAAGUUGAGCAGCAACGCCUGCAGUCAAAAGCCGAUGCCGCGGCAUCAAAGUCAACCGAGAUCUUGGACAUUCUUGUUCGAGAAAAUCUGCUGGAAUAUGUAGGACCAAUGACACCCGCCCUUUUAGUCCCGGUUAUGCAAACCCACCUUCACAACUGUAAAUACGCCAACCCACUUUCGAGACGUUUCAGCUUCAAUAAGCUCGAUAUGUGCAUGGGUGUCCUGGAACAAUUGCAGAAAACGUAUACAGUUGCGUCUUUAUUUCGUGGGAUUUUCAUAAAAGCUUUACAGCAAAUAUUUCCAACAUAUGCUGCGAGCUCACCCCUAUCCCAUCGGCCUGUUGUCUCUACAGAUGCUGAUCCGGUUGAGCCUCAAUCGGAUACUGUUCCUGUUCAAACAGCCUAUGGAGAAUGUAACCAGAAGAUUAGUGACGGGGUUGAGUCAUCGAUGCCUGCUGGCUUUAUCGAUGCGUUGAUAGAUGAGAAUUCGAUCUUCGACUUUUUAGAUACAUGGAAUGAAGUAUGA